CACAGAGAGAGAGAGAGAGAGAGAGAGAGAGAGAGAGAAAGAGACCAAGGACGUAGACAUUAUUUAUCCUCAGGUCCAUACGGUGUUCUGCGUGUUUAGUCACCACACUCGAGCUAAGAACAAGUUGGAAUAAGGAGCUUUGGCAGCAGUGGGUGCUGCUUUAAUAUAAAUGCAGCUGUACAGACGGGAAGUGAAGCUCCAUUAACUCUGACUCAUUUCCUUCAAUGUAUUGAAAACUGAGAAACAGCAUGUUUGUCUCUUUUUAGCGUGUUCCACUGUAAGGCCUUGUACUUUGGCUUAUGCAAAAGCAUGACGAAAUGGACAGCUAGAACAAAGCCAUGAUGGACAAUCCUGGAUUGAAAAUCCUGUCAUUUUCCACCUCAGAUGCCAUUUUGUUUUGUAAAGCAACUUAUAAUAGACCAUAAAACCCACAAUCCAUUUGGCAGGAACAAGCCAAGCCAGAAGUGAAUUCCUGUUACUGCGGUGGUUCCUUUAAAUCUUUCCUCUGGAAUAUCCAACCCGAGGUUUAGUCUGCCUUAACCAUGAUGUUGAGAAGAAAACUGUACUUAGGUGCUCUGAUAGGUGCUAUUCUGUUUUUAUUGAUAGCUGCGCACACCAUUCAGAAGGGCAGUGUUGUGCCCAUCACAGCUUUACCCACAGCUUUACCCAGGGAUGUCAGGUCACCUAUGGAGAACGAGACACCAUUACAAACAGUUAUCACAGAUUCAAGACGAGUCGUUCCAAGUCGUUCCUGUAACUGUUCUCACUACUGUAUAGCAGACAAAGGUGUGUCGGAGUGGUUUGACCAACGCUAUGAUCAUAAACAGCAACCUUACCUCACCGGCAGGAAUGAUGACAUAGAUCCACUUUCUCUGAAGUGGUGGCUGUCUUUGCAGUCAUCUGAUGGAAUGAUCAACGACGUCACCCAGAAGAUGUUUAAGAUAAUCCCCCCUCCACCUGAGGAUGAAAUGCCACGGCAGAGACAGUGCCGGACGUGUGCAGUUGUUGGAAACUCAGGGAAUCUGCUGAGGUCCAAAUACGGAGCCUUGAUAGAUUCCCACUUAUUUGUUAUUAGAAUGAACAAGGCCGUGACUGUGGGUUUUGAAGAGGAUGUUGGUAACCGAACCACCCACCACUUCAUGUACCCAGAGAGUGCGAUGGAUCUGAGACCUGAUGUCCAUCUCGUCCUUCUUCCCUUCAAACUGAAAGACAUGCAGUGGUUAUCCAGCGCUCUUUCCACCGGAGAGAUCAAAAUGACGUACAUGAGAGUGAAAAAUCGUGUGGAAGCUGACAAAGACAAGGUGAUAGUUGUAAAUCCAGCUUUCUUUAAGUACACACAUGAUAAAUGGACAGAGCGUCAUGGAAGGUACCCAUCCACCGGGAUAGUAGCCAUUACGUUUGCUCUACAUCUCUGUGAUGAGGUGUCAGUGUUUGGAUAUGGGGCAGACAAGCAAGGAAAUUGGCACCACUAUUGGGAGUACAACAGAUAUGCUGGUGCCUUUCGAAAGACGGGCGUCCAUAACGCAGAUUUCGAGACUGAGAUCAUUCAGAGGCUCAACAAAGAGGGCAAAAUCAAACUGCACAGAUGAGCCUGGCCUUUAUUAAUUGUGGCCUUUAUUGACUUGGUACAGCUCAAAUCCAUGCAGAUGCAGGGCCAGGAUGCACAGCAGCUGUAUAGAAGCCAAAGAGACGCAGAUCUGUGAUUCGCCGUACCAUUAAUUGACCACUGUGAGCUGCACUGAACCAAACCCAUAGACAUCAAGCUGUAGUCUUAAGACCAAAUGAACUCUUCCUGUUCUCUCACAGCAUUUUACUUGCUACGUGCCUGAAGAAAAAGACGAAUGUUGCCUUCCCCCCCAACUU